UGUGUUGAGAGAAGAAAGUCUUAGGGGUUGUGAUCCAGGGAAGAAGGAUUAAGAUCUGUUUACUUUCACUGCUAAAUCUUUUACAAGCAAAAAUCUUUUUAUCAAAGGUUCAACUUCUUGUAUUAAAUCUGGAAAUAUUCAAUAGAGUUGAGAAUUUGUUUGUCUGCUGGGAAAAGAUUAAGGUUGAGAAAGUCUUCAUCUUUCUCUGCAGUCAAAUAUUUAACCUAUUAAAGUCCCACCGAACUACUCGCCAGCCGCCACCUAUCAAACAAGAGCUUCUUUUAUGGAAAGCACACUCAAGGUCAAUGACUACUAUUUAAUCUCUUCUCUCUUCAUUUUACCUGUUUUCUUCUUUCCCAAACUUCUCUCUCCUUGUCUGUCUUUCAUUUGGGUCUACUAAUUAAGUUGAAACAAACCAUUAGCCUUCUCAACAAUUUCUGUUUCCCCAUCUGGGUAUUGCAAAGUAGUUUAGUCAUUUAUAUGUUUCUUGUUUUUUGCAUCAUUCUUUUGUUUCCAGAAGCAAAUAAUUUGAGGAGUUAUCUAAUGAAAAUUUAACGAAAUUGAGUGUAUUUAGAAAAUAUUAAUUUCCCUCUUGAAAACAAAAGAUGAAGUGCUUUCACUACUUCAAGGAGAAGAAAUUCAGAAUUAGGGAAGAAAGAUCUGCUCCAGAGUUGAAAGAAUCAAGAAGAUCUUAUGAGUAUUCGGGUGGUGACCGUGUGGUUAAGUCUUCAUGCUCAGAAGCUUCUCCUCGUGGCAUACCAGAGUUGUAUGAAGAGAAAGCUCUUAAUCUCCGAGUAUUUUCUUUCUCCGAGCUCAAGCAAGCCACACAUGAUUUCAAUAGGCUGCUUAAGAUUGGUGAGGGCGGAUUUGGAAGUGUCUAUAAAGGUUCAAUUACGCCUGCCGACGGGAAAGGUGACUCCAUUGUUGUGGCCAUUAAAAAGCUUAACAGAGAUGGAUUACAGGGUCAUAAACAAUGGGUGGCGGAAGUUCAAUUCCUUGGUGUUGUGGAACACCCGAAUCUCGUCAAGCUGAUAGGAUACUGUGCUGUGGAUGGAGAGAGAGGAAUCCAGCGUCUACUUGUUUAUGAGUUUAUGCCAAAUAGGAGCUUAGAAUAUCAUCUUUUUGGCAGGGCAUUGCCACCUCUUCCUUGGAAAACAAGAUUACAAAUAAUACUCGGGGCAGCUCAAGGAUUGGCCUAUCUGCAUGAAGGAUUGGAAGUUCAGGUGAUAUUUCGAGAUUUCAAAUCUUCCAAUGUGUUACUGGAUGAGAAUUUUUUGUCCAAGCUUUCAGACUUUGGGCUUGCAAGGGAAGGACCUCUGGCUGGGCGUACUCAUGUUUCAACAGCAGUGGUGGGGACUAAUGGAUAUGCGGCUCCAGAUUACAUAGAGACAGGGCAUCUGACGGCAAAAAGUGAUGUGUGGAGUUUCGGGGUGGUCUUGUAUGAGAUUCUUACAGGAAGGAGGUCACUGGAAAGAAACCGCCCAAAAUCAGAGCAGAAUCUUUUGGACUGGGUGAAGCAGUAUCCAGUGGAUAGUAAAAAGUUUGGGUUAAUAAUGGACCAACGACUAGAAAAUGAUCAUUCUAUUAUCAAUGAAGCUCGCAAAAUUGCCAGAUUAGCUGACAGUUGUUUGUCCAAGAGUGCCAGAGACCGUCCCAAGAUGAGUCAGGUGGUGGAGAAGUUGAAGCAAAUAGUGCAAACGUCGGAAGAAGUUGACUCUUCUCCUACUAAUAAGAAUUUGGAGCUAAGUGAAAAUGACCCAGUAACAGAAAAUAAGACCACUCAAUCUGAACCUCCUGAAUCAUGGAAAAGACGGAUGGCUCACUUAGCUAAACUGAGUGAACACGUAGAUGAAGCAAGUAAAAGAAGAUUGAUGAUCAUGCAGAGGGCCGACGUGCUUUUAAACCCUAAGCAGGAAAACGAAGAUGUCAAUUUAGACGCCUAACCGUACCUUGUACAGGCUAUGUAAUGACAGUGUUUCAUUUGGAAGAAUUUUAACCUAAUUUGCAAUUGUGGCAUGUAGCGAA